UUAGGCAAGAAACGAAUAAGUUCAUCCAUUGGUGCGUAAUUCGUGUAUAAACACCAGCGAAAACACACAAAGAACACGGAGAAUGGGACGGUCACUCAGAGAAUGGUUCAAUAAGUAUUUUCUUGAAGGACAAGCAGUUACUGCUGCUCAGACGGAAGCGCUCGAGAAUUUGGAUCCAAAUGCACCGUGGUAUACAAGGAUGAUGGUCAAACAUCGUCGAUGGGUCGGAAUACUAAUUCCAUUCACCAUCGUGCACAUCGUUUGGUGGAGUAGCGCAAUAAAAUACAACUACUGGGAAUUCUUUCCUGAUAAAUAUUUCAUGUCGAUAACAAUGAUCUUUGGAUCUAUCCUUGCAGGAAUGACAAGCAAAGGGGGAGGCUCUGUCGCGUUCCCUGUGAUGACAUUGGUUUUCAACAUCACUCCUGUCAUAGCUCGAGAUUUCAGCCUGAUGAUUCAAUCCGUCGGCAUGACAGCAGCAUCAUUUACGAUAUUCUGGAUGAGAAUUCAGCUGGAAUGGCGCUCAAUAAUAUUUUGCUCCACAGGAGGCAUCCUGGGGAUAGUGAUCGGGCUGGAAUUCAUCGAUCCCAAUCUCACUCCACCGCAGAAGAAAAUGGGCUUCGUCAGCGUAUGGUUUGCCUUCGCAUUUUCUCUCUUCUUGCUCAACCGUUACCACAAACGAAAGACCUUCAGGAUAAUACCAGAGUUCAACUCGUGGAAAGCAUGCGUGCUGCUGUUCACCGGAUUUUUCGGCGGCAUAUUCUCUGCUGUAUCUGGUAGCGGAUUGCAUAUCUGUAGUUUCAGUGUUCUGACGCUGUUGUUUAGAGUAUCAGAGAAAACUGCAACCCCGACAUCGGUUGUAUUGAUGGCAGGAAACACGGUUGUUGGUUUUUAUUGGCGACAGGUGAUGAUGGAAGCAAUCCAUAUCGAUUCCUACCAUUACCUUGCCGUUUGUGCUCCAAUUGUGGUGCUUGGUGCGCCAUUAGGUUCUGUGGUUGGCAGCUAUUUUCACCGCCAGCUACUGGCUGCACUGGUGUACAGCAUAGACAUAGUGGCUCUGUUCUUUGGAUUCGCCAUUGUCAAACCAAAUGCAACGUUGAUUGGCGUUUCGAUAGCGAUUAUCUUGUUUGGAUUUGCCUUCUUUGCGUUACUGAGCUACCUUGGACAACGCCUGAUGCGAAAUAUUGCCGAUGUUGACGAUGAUGUCGACGUGGUUAGCGAGUCGAGAGUCAGUGAUGCACCGAAUCAAACAGUAGAUACUAGUCAAAGAGAAGAAUUUGAAUUGCAGAGCGUUAUAAAGGAGUGACCGGGGCCCUGGAGGCAUAAGAUGACGCAAAUUACGUUUCAAAAUAAAAAAGAUAGCUUUAAGUUUUGCCGUUUUUUUGUUUAUUCGUUUUAGUCUGCUAUAGCUUUGAAAAUUCUCUUUUUUCCAACACAGUAAAUAUACUCUGAAAAAUUUAUG